AUGGAGGUGCUUGAGAAGACCGGGGAUCCGGCGAGCUACGACCCAGGCAAGGGCUUCAUGUACCUCAUCGACGGCCGUGGGCAGAAGUGUCUGCAGCAGCUGAACCCGGAGCUCUUCACAAAGUUGGUCGACUCCUCCGUAGGCAUGGCAGACGCGAAGAUCGGCGUUCUCACUCCGAAGGGCCUCACAGAACGGGUGAACCCCAUCAAGGAUGCUGCGCGGAAGUCCUACUGGAUUCCACGGCACGCCUUCGUGGGCUUGCUCUUGGAUGAAGCCAAGCAGAAGGAGAACAUCAGCCUCUCCGUGGAUGUAGCGAUCGACGACAUCACCUUCGACGGGGACGAGUUCCGUGUGAAGGCCUCGACUUCGGCAGCUCCCUUGGAGGGCCUCUCGGGAAGUCUCUUGGUCGCGGCAGAUGGUUACCGCUCAGACGUCCGAGACAAGCUCGAGGAGUUGGAUGGAGCGAGGGGGCACUAUGCGGUGGACAAGCGCGAUUCCCCUUCUGCCGGGCUCCGGUACAAGGUGCUCACGCUGCCAGGAGAAUUCAAGUUAGACACGCCGGCGGGCGAGAAGGACUUCUCCAGCGACGGCUUCUACGCCGUGCGCGGUGUCUCCGCCCGCAAGGCCAAGCAGAAACUGGGCCUCAUCCCGGUGCGGAAGGAGUUCGGGACCAGGACCGCCAAUCUCAUAACAUAUGAGGACGACGUAGUCUGGGAGGCCGAUACCUUGGAAAGCUUCAAGGAAUAUGCCGCAGAGCAGUGGCCGCACUUUCCGCUAGAGGACUUGGUUUCCGAGGAGGAGCUGGCGCGGUUCGCGCAGAACCGCGGUGGUCGCUUUCCCAAGCCCCAGUACUGCCGCAGCGCCAUGUGGCUCCCGGACGACGGCGCCCAAAGCGCAGCAGUGUUGAUUGGCGAUGCACUCCACUCGCUGCCGCCGGACAUUGGCCAAGGCGUGAACAGCGCGCUGCAAGAUGUCACCGUGCUUGCCAGCUGCCUCGAUGCCGCUGGUAGCGGCGGCACGCGCGGCGCUGCGACGGCCUACCAGGACACAAGGAUGCCAGAUGUGCGGGCGCUCAUCGACAUCGUCCAGGUCGCGGCGCCCUUCCAGCGCCUUCGUUUCGUUUAG